GAGUGAUGUCACGUGAUGCUGCUGCCGCUAUAUAGCAGUAACCCGCUGCUCCGCCAGGUGGCGCUGACUCUUAUCUCUGCUGGCGGCCUCAGGCGGAGUGAUGUCACGUGAUGCUGCUGCCGCUCUAUCCGCCAAGUCUCCCUGUCUGCUCGCUGCCUGUCUCAGGCGGAGUGAUGUCACGUGAUGCUGCUGCCGCUAUAUAGCAGUAACCCGCUGCUCCGCCAGGUGGCGCUGACUCUAUCUCUGCUGGCGGCCUCAGGCGGAGUGAUGUCACGUGAUGCUGCUGCCGCUCUAUCCGCCAGGUGGCGCUGUCUCCCUCUCUGCUGGCGGCCUCAGGCAGAACGAUGUCAUGAGAUGCUGCUGCCGCUCUAUCCGCCAGGUGGCGCUGUCUCCCUCUCUGCUGCCGGUCUCAGGCGGAGUGCUGUCACGUGAUGCUGCUGCCGCUCUAUCCGCCAGGUGGCGCUGUCUGCCUCUCUGCUAGCGGGCCCAGGAGGCUGGCUGGUCACGUGCUGCUGCUGUUACACUUUACGGCAAGUGAAGAUUUGCUGUUGUAAAGCAGACGCCCACACUUUGCAGCAGUCAUGGUGAAGUUUGCGCUACAGUUUAAGGCUAAUCUGGAGAACGUCACACGGCUGCGGCCGGUGGGGGAAGAUUUCCGCUGGUUCCUGAAGCUAAAAUGUGGAAACUGCGGAGAACUCUCGGACAAGUGGCAGUACAUCACAUUGAUGGACAGUGUGCCCCUGAAGGGUGGCAGAGGCAGUGCCAGCAUGGUGCAGAAGUGUAAGCUGUGCUCCCGGGAGAACUCCAUAGAUAUCCUGAGCUCCUCCCUGCAGCCGUACAAUGCUGAAGAUAGCGAGCGCUUUAAGACCAUUGUGGAGUUUGAGUGCCGGGGGCUGGAGCCGGUAGAUUUUCAACCACAGGCCGGAUUUGCUGCAGAAGGAGCAGACACUGGCACUCCCUUCACUGACAUUAACCUGCAGGAAAAGGACUGGACGGACUAUGACGAGAAGGUGCGGGAGUCCGUGGGAGUGUACGAGGUGUCACAUCAGUUUAAAAAAUGUUAGCAGUCACGUGAUCUGACGGGAACCAAUAAACUGGAAGCCCAGGACCUGCGCACAGCUGCAAUCACAGGCCAAGCGCCGGCGAGACGCCACAGACGUUACAUAACGUUUACUACGAAAUCCCGCAGCGGAAUAAAACCGGUGGAUAAUA